UGUUUCCGUUCAGUGUGUAGUUAGUUAGCAAUUGAGCGCGCUGUAUUUACGGAUUCAUUAAAUCUAUUCAUUUGCGAUUAAACAGACAUGAUUUACAAAGUUUGAAGGUCCAAAAGGAUAUAAUUCAUCAAAAUAAAAUAUAUUUGCAGAAAAGAUAGAUAAUUCUUAUUUAUGUUGACAUUGUGAUUGGAAAUAAUUUAAGAAAAUAAUAUUUUUUAUGCCUCGCAAUUUUGUCUUUUGACAAUUAUUAUGUGGAUUGCUUUAAUGCAUGCGAUUUGAUUUGUGUACUUUAUAGAAAAUCUGAGUUUGUUAUUACUCAAGAAAUAUUUGGAUAAAAGAAAUGAUUUUACUCUCCAUUUAUGUAAUAAAAUCGCACGAAAAGAACAAAAAUGAAUACCACUGUUUUGCCUGCAGAUUACAAUACGACUAACAGUUCACCCCCUUUAACAAAGGAUGAAUUGCUUGAAUUAUAUCUUGGUCCAAGGUUCCAGGAAACCUGGUCCGUUGUCAUUCUACUUACAAUUUAUGGACUUAUUUUCAUCUCGGGAACAGUCGGAAAUAUUUGCACGUGCAUUGUGAUUGUGCGGAACAAUUACAUGCAGACAGCUACCAACUACUAUUUAUUCAGCCUGGCAAUAUCUGAUUUGUUUAUUUUGUUAUUAGCUUUACCUUCGGAGGCAUAUUCUAUCUUAGAGUCGUACCCAUGGCGUUUUGGAGAAAUAUUCUGCUAUAUAAAAGCUUUGCUACAGGAAAUGACGUCAUAUGCGUCGGUUCUGACUAUCACAGCCUUUACUAUCGAACGAUAUGUGGCUAUAUGUCACCCUCUGAUGGCUCAUAAAUUUGCUAACUUGUCUCGAAGCAUCAUUAUUUUAUCUGCAAUUUGGUUCAUAUCAUUAGUCUGUGCUUUACCAUAUCCGCUGCAUACGGAGCUAUUUUAUUACAUUGACGCAGAACACAACAAUGGAACUCCAAUUGCAGAGUCAUUAAUUUGUAACAUGCCACAAAGAUACCAUUCAACAAUGGUUUAUAUUUUCCAAUUUUCAACCUUCCUGUUUUUUGUUUUUCCAAUGAGUUUAUUGGCUGUGUUAUAUUUGAUGAUUGCUAUCUCUUUGCGUCAUGCCGCAUUACAACGAGUUGCCUCGCAGGAAACCCAAGGAAACCUGGGAACGCCUGUUUCGCAAUCAGGAAAAUCUGUGUUUCGAAUGCUUGUGGGAGUUGUUGUUGCCUUUUUCACGUGCUGGGCGCCAUUUCACGCGCAAAGAUUGCUCACUUUAUAUAACAGGGUCUGGACGCCGUUGUUGCUGGAUAUACAGAGCGCAUUGUUUUACAUUUCUGGUGUACUCUAUUUUGUUGGAUCAACUGUUAACCCAAUUCUAUAUAAUGUGAUGUCUAAGCGCUACCGAGAGGCUUUUCGGGAAACAAUAUGUCACUGUAGACGUAAACGUAAUUUAAAUAUAAGAACCAGCGGCCUUCACCAGUCAUAUUACAGUAGUAAAGCUAGACCUUUUACCACUCGUACUGUUUCACGACCAACAACUAGUGGCUCGUCAGAUAGAAGUCACGUGAUGCGAUCUGAUACAAUACAAACCCAAGUAAGUCUUUCAUUAACUGGUCAAAGCGAUGAGCAAUGUGAACCUCAAAGGGAACACCUUCUUCCGGAAGUAACUCAGACAACUUGUUGUGAAAAACUGUGGACAGAAGACAGGAAGAAGCCAGUGUGUUGUAAUGUGUGUGUAUCUGAACAAACGGAUAAAUUACCUUCACCUAGUUACGAGCGUCAAGGAUUACUCUUCCAUACAAAUUCUGCCGACAGUGCAUGCUAGUACGAUAAGAUUUCUGUCAGAAGAACUUAUGUGCAUGGAAUUUGCUUGUUAAUAUAUUUCAUAAUUUUUAUUUAAAAAAAGAAUGAUAUAAUGAUAAACGGGAUUAAAAAUGUAACAUAUUUUCUUAUCGCUUUGGAAACCAUUCAAAACACGUUGAUUGGUGAAUUAGUACUAGCAGCAAAUAUGAAUUGUGCACACAAUUAAGAGGUUAUUUUUCAAAAAAAAAUGCAAAUUGUAUAUUGUGUUUGAUGAACGUUGACAAGAUUGGUGAAUAUUUUAAAGAUCAUGGUUAUAAUAACAUUUGUAAUAAAAACAUAAACCAUUA